AUAACAUUUCCAAACCAUGCAGUGACUUUAGUUUGUCUCCGUUAGAGGAAUUAGUUAAAUAUUUAAUUUGAAUGUGAUUAGAACUGAAAACGAAUUGAGUGAAAAUGAACUGCUGUCUAUUUGCCACAAUAUUUUUAAUAUUGACCAGCAUUGCCUACGUUUGUAUGGCUGGCGAAUUUACAGGUUAUUUUAAAGAUCCAGAUCAUCCGGGAAAGUGCUUCUUUGGUGGUCUAGUUCUUGAGCCGGGCAAGGAGGGUCAGAUUCCCGGUAAAUGCAAACGUUUCUUAUGUAACCGUGCCGAUGGUCUUGGAGUCGUACAGGGUUGUGGAACCCAGGGUGUAAAGGCACCCUGUACACUGGGAGAUCAUGUCAAUGCGAAUGCACCCUAUCCAGAUUGUUGCAAACGAAAGGUUAUUUGUCCUUAAGUGUAAUGUCAAUGAGAAAAUUAAUUUAACCAAGAAUAAAAUUCGUACCAGAUUGCCAAAAAAACA